UCCUUUCACUCUCGUCUCCGCCACCUCCGGCCGCUACUUUUUGCCGUCUCCACCGCUUGCCCUUCUUCCUCUCCCAACCAAUUGCGCGUUUCCCCCCUCGCGCAGCUCUCUCUCUCUCUCUCUCUCUCUCUCUCUCUCUCUCUCUCUCUCUUCCCGUGACCAUCGCCUCAGCCUCCACCUCCUCGGGGUUCCUCCAAUCCGUGCCACUGCGCCGCUGCGCUUCUCCUCGCGGCUCGCUCGUGCUGCGGUUUAAGCAAGUAAUGGAGCGGCCGCCGCCUCCGAGGCUGCUGCUCCAUGUGUUGUUCUUGGUCGCCGUUUAUUGGCCGCUCGGGACCGCUGCAGGGAUUGGAGGCCUCGGAGAUGGUCCGGAGAUCGAUGGAUCUUCGUUUAGUUCUAGGAAUUUCAGAAGGCUGCUGCAGAUUGGUGGUGGAAACGAAGGUGGCCUAUUUCUUUUCCCCCACACAAGAGCUCUCUCACACAAGAACAGACCGCAUAGAAAAGCUUCGACAUCAGCACCUGCACCAGUGUCUGCUCUAUCACCCUCACCAUUCAUAUCCCCACCAGAAGGCUCACCCUCACCAUCGCCAUAUGCUUCACGACCCAUGCCACACGGGUCUCCUUCACACCAUCAUCCGGCUGUAGUCCCUCCACCUUUGGUUAGGCCUAGGCCUACAACUAGGCAAGCUGAGCAUGGCCAUUCAGCUGAAACUCGAGGUCAUUCUUUGCAUAAACAUUCCUGGACAACCUAUAGUUCAGUCGUGGCAGGGAUUGCUGUUUCCCUUUUAGUAGUAUUGGCAGCUGGUGUUCUCUGCUUCCGAGCUAAGAGAAUGGGAACUGUAAGGCCAUGGGCGACAGGUCUUAGUGGACAAUUGCAGAAAGCUUUUGUAACUGGUGUGCCUGCACUGAAACGAUCAGAGCUGGAAACAGCAUGCGAGGAUUUCAGCAAUAUAAUUGGUUCUACAUCUAGCUGCAUGCUGUACAAGGGAACUUUAUCCAGUGGAGUUGAAAUUGCAGUGGCCUCAAGCUUGGUAACAUCUGCAAAGGAUUGGUCGAAAGAAAGUGAAUCACAGUACAGGAAAAAGAUCACAAAUUUGUCCAAAGUAAGCCACAAAAAUUUUAUGAACUUGCUUGGCUACUGUGAGGAAGAGCGCCCCUUUACCAGAGUGAUGGUAUUUGAAUAUGCUCCAAAUGGGACACUUUUUGAGCAUCUCCACAUUAGGGAAACGGAGAAGCUUGACUGGAUGACGCGGCUCAGGAUAUCGAUGGGAAUUGCUUACUGUAUUGAGCACAUGCAUCAGCUUAAAGCACCAGUUGUGCUUGGGAAUUUUGACUCGACUACAAUCUACCUUACUGAUGACUUUGCUGCAAAAGUCUCAGAUCUUGAAUUUUGGAAUGAUGCAAAGGGACCUAAUUCAACUAACGGUGACCUCACUUCCUCAUCGGACCUGGAGAACAUUGUGCAUAAGUAUGGCAUAGUGUUGCUGGAAAUAUUGACUGGACGACUUCCCUAUUCUGAGGAGGAUGGGCCACUGGAACAAUGGGCGUGUCGCUACUUUGACGGUGAGAUGAGUCUUGUGGAGCUGAUUGACCCUAGCAUCAGCUCCUUCCCUGAAGAUGCUGCGCGUGCGCUUUGCGAAGUUGCUAGGUCCUGCAUUGAUCCAGAUCCAAAGAAGAGACCUCGGAUGGCAGAGGUUGCAGCUCGGAUGAGAGAGAUCACCACGCUGGGGCCUGACGGAGCAACUCCUAAGGUGUCACCGCUAUGGUGGGCUGAGCUUGAGAUCAUGUCUUCUGGGAGCUAAGUUGGCUGCACGCGAGAUGAUAUUAUGUCUCCCAGUGUGACCGAAAAUUCUUUGAUCUGUUGGUUGCUUCUAAUCUUAUUUGUGCAAUUGUUGAUUAGGUAGAAGAUGGUUGGAAUUUGUCACGUGUGCAAAAUUGCAAAUAGGGAGCGGUAUUGUACAUGUAAAGAAGGUUAACAUCACAACAAGCUGAUACGCAGACAUUUCAGUCAAGUGAGCAAUAGAAAGGAUGUGUGACUUGCUUUGCUGCA